AUGUCUUCCAAAGCCAUCCGCGAAUUCGACGCCAAGCUCCUGGUCAACUACUGGCUGCCCAGGUCGCCUCUGGCGCACCCGGACAUCAAGGUCAACUCUGACUUUGUUGCGCCCGCGCCCAAGGUCGCCCAGAUCGCCUGGGACCCGGCCACCAACACCAUCACCGACGAGAGCUCGCUGCCGUCGUGGGUCAAGACGACCAAGCUCGUCGCCAAGCCCGACCAGCUUAUCAAGCGCCGUGGCAAGGCGGGCCUGCUCAAGCUCAACACGGAAUGGGCCGACGCCAAGCAGUGGAUCCAGGAGCGUGCUGGCAAGCCCCAGAAGGUCGAGACCGUGACGGGCACCCUGAACAACUUCAUCGUCGAGCCCUUCUGCCCGCACCCGGCCGACACCGAGUUUUACGUCUGCAUCAACUCUGCGCGCGAGGGCGACUGGAUUCUCUUCACCCACGAGGGUGGUGUCGACGUCGGCGAUGUCGACGCCAAGGCGCUCAAGCUCCUGAUCCCCGCAGACCCGAGCGAGGCGUUCCCGCUGCGCGAGCAGUGGACCAAGACUCUGCUCGUCGGCGUGCCCGAGGCCAAGCGCGAGGUCCUGACCGACUUCCUGAUCCGCCUGUACAGCGUCUACGUCGACCUGCACUUUGCCUACCUGGAGAUCAACCCGCUCGUCGCCACCGACGAUGGCCAGAUUGCCUACCUCGACAUGGCCGCCAAGCUCGACCAGACGGCCGACUUCAUCUGCGGACCCAAGUGGGCCAUUGCCCGCGACCCCUCGGUCUACAUGGACAGCCCCAUCGGCCAGGUCCAGACCAACAAGGGCGAGGACCGCGGCCCGCCCAUGUACUGGCCCGCCCCCUUCGGCCGUGACCUGACCAAGGAGGAGGCCUACAUUGCCAAGCUCGACGCCGGCACGGGCGCCUCGCUCAAGCUCACCGUCCUCAACCCGACCGGCAGGAUCUGGACCAUGGUCGCCGGCGGUGGUGCGUCGGUCGUCUACUCGGACGCCAUCGCCGCCCACGGCUACGCCCACGAGCUGGCCAACUACGGCGAGUACUCCGGAGCGCCCUCCGAGGGCCAGACGUUCGAGUACGCCAAGACGCUGCUCGACCUCAUGACGCGCGGCGAGGUCAACCCGCAGGGCAAGCUGCUCAUCAUCGGCGGCGGUAUCGCCAACUUCACCAACGUCGCCUCGACCUUCAAGGGCAUCAUCCGCGCGCUCAAGGAGUACAAGGUGGCGCUCGCCAAGCACGGCGUCCGCAUCUUUGUCCGCCGUGGUGGCCCCAACUACCAGGAGGGCCUCAAGGCGAUGCGCCUCCUCGGCGAGGACCUCGGCGUCGAGAUCCAGGUGUUUGGCCCCGAGACCCACAUCACCGACAUUGUCCCGCUCGCCCUCGGCGUCAAGACGCUCGAGGAGGUGACGCUGGCCAGCACCAGCGCCAACGCGCUGCCCUCGGGCGCCCAGAGCCCCGCCGUCCAGGUCUCGGCCAACGGCGCCAAGGCCGAGGAGAAGCUCACCGGCGCCGUCGACCCCGCCACCGGCGCCCGCGUGCAGCCGCAGGAUCAGAUUGUGCACUUUGGCGCCUCGGCGGCCGCCUCCGGCAGCCAGCGCCCGGCCUACCUGCCCUUCGACGCCAACACGCGCUCGCUCGUCUACGGCCUGCAGCCGCGCGCCAUCCAGGGCAUGCUCGACUUUGACUUUUCGUGCGGCCGCGCCACGCCCUCGGUCGCCGCCAUGAUCUACCCCUUCGGCGGCCACCACAUCCAGAAGUUCUACUGGGGCACCAAGGAGACGCUGCUGCCCGUCUACACGAGCAUCAAGGAGGCCGUCGCCAAGCACCCGGACGCCGACGUCGUCGUCAACUUUGCCUCGAGCCGCUCCGUCUACUCGUCGACGCUCGAGGUGCUCGAGCUGCCCCAGAUCCGCGCCCUCGCCCUCAUCGCCGAGGGUGUCCCCGAGCGCCACGCCCGCGAGAUCCUCCACCGCGCCAAGAAGGCCGGCGUCCUCAUCAUCGGCCCGGCCACCGUCGGCGGCAUCAAGCCCGGCUGCUUCCGCAUCGGCAACUCGGGCGGCAUGAUGGACAACAUCCUCUCGUCCAAGCUCUACCGCCCCGGCUCGGUCGGCUACGUCUCCAAGUCCGGAGGCAUGUCCAACGAGCUCAACAACAUCCUCUCGAUCACCACCAACGGCACCUACGAGGGCAUCGCCAUCGGCGGCGACCGCUACCCCGGCUCGACGUUCAUCGACCACCUGCUGCGCUACGAGCAGGACCCCAACUGCAAGUUCCUCGUCCUCCUCGGCGAGGUGGGCGGCGUUGAAGAGUACCGCGUCAUCGACGCCGUCAAGCAGGGCAUCAUCAAGAAGCCCAUCGUCGCGUGGGCCAUCGGCACGUGCGCCAAGAUGUUCACCACCGAGGUCCAGUUCGGCCACGCCGGCUCGAUGGCCAACAGCGACAUGGAGACGGCGUCGGCCAAGAACGCCGCCAUGAAGGCCGCCGGCUUCAUCGUGCCCGACACGUUCGAGGACCUGCCCGUCGUGCUGCGCGAGGUGUACAACAAGCUCGUCGCCUCGGGCAGCGUCGUCCCCGUCCCCGAGCGCCCCGCGCCCGCCAUCCCGAUCGACUACAAGUGGGCCCAGGAGCUCGGCAUGGUGCGCAAGCCCGCCGCCUUCAUCUCGACCAUCUCCGACGAGCGCGGAUCCGAGCUCAUGUACUCGGGCGUCAAGAUUUCCGAGGUCUUCGAGUCCGGCAUGGGCAUCGGCGGCGUCAUUUCGCUGCUGUGGUUCAAGAGGCGCCUGCCCGACUACUGCACCAAGUUUAUCGAGAUGGCCCUGAUGCUCACCGCCGACCACGGCCCCGCCGUGUCCGGUGCCAUGAACACCAUCAUCACGUCGCGCGCCGGCAAGGAUCUGAUCUCGUCGCUCGUGUCGGGCCUGCUGACGAUCGGCGACCGCUUCGGCGGUGCGCUCGACGACGCCGCCAAGGAGUUCUCCAACGCCUUUGACCGCGGCCUCACGGCGCGCGAGUACGUCGACGUCAUGAGGAGGAGCAACAAGCUCAUCCCCGGUAUCGGCCACAAGAUCAAGUCGGUGUCGAACCCCGACUACCGCGUGCAGGUGGUCAAGGACUUUGUGCUCAACAACUUCCCGUCGCACAAGAUGCUCGACUACGCGCUCGCCGUGGAAAAGGUGACGACGGCCAAGAAGGACACGCUCAUCCUCAACGUCGACGGCUGCCUUGCCGUGUGCUUCGUCGACCUGCUGCGCGACUCGGGCGCCUUCACCAUGGAGGAGGCGCGCGACUACCUGUCGUACGGCUUCCUCAACGGCAUCUUUACCCUGGGCCGCUCGAUUGGCUUCAUUGGCCACCACAUCGACCAGCGCCGUCUCAAGGCCGGCCUGUACAGGCACCCCGCCGACGACUUCCACAUCGAGAUGGCCACGCCCGCCCGUGUCAUGGGCACGCUCAAGAAGUGA